GUAGAAGCUAACUCAUCCACAUGAAAUACAUGGAUGUUGCCUUCUACAAGUUUACGCAACAGAGUUUGCCCACUUGUAAACCUAGUUUGACACCAGUAUCGGUAAUAAUAACAUUUUUGUUGAUGGGCGUUGUUUUUAUACCUGUUGGAAUUAUAUGCCUUCAUGCAUCAGAUAGUGUUGUAGAAAUUGUAGAUCGCUAUGAUAAUGAGUGUAUACCUGAAGUGUAUCGAAGUAAUAAAUUAGCUUAUAUCAAGGACAGUUCGAUUUCGAAGAAUUGCUCUCGGACAAUAAGGGUUCAGAGUCAUAUGAAAGCACCAAUCUACAUAUAUUAUGAACUUGACAAUUACUACCAGAACCAUUGGAGUUAUAUUCUUUAUCUUCCAUUUUGCUUGUAUAUAAAGAGUAAAAAUGAUAAGCAGCUUGUUCGUGGAUUGGAUCAAAAGGACACUAGUACGUGCCAACCUGAAGAGUAUAGCAAUGACCUUCCAAUAGUCCCUUGUGGGUUGAUUGCAUGGAGCUUGUUCAAUGAUACCUACACUUUUGUUCGUAAAACUGUAGAAAUGAAUGUGAAGAGGAAGAACAUUUCAUGGGAAAGUGACCGCACUCACAAGUAUGGGAAAGAUGUCUAUCCAUACAACUUUCAAAAUGGAACAUUAAUUGGUGGAGCGAGGCUUGAUCCUAGCAUUCCUGUGAGUACUUCAUCUUAG